UGGGUAAUUGAAGCCAAAAUCGAUUUUUUUCCUCAAAAAAUCGAUUAAUAUGGCUAUCCAUACACGCACGAAGAUCCCAGCUCUCGAUGGCGUUGGAUAGCCGCAUAGAGAAAAUCCUAUGGAAUGAGGACCAAAUCUCCCGCCGAGUCUCCGAGCUCGCCGCCGAAAUCACCGACGAGUUCCGUUCCUCUUCUACCCCGCCCGUUUUUGUCGGCGUGGCCAUCGGCGCCUUCCUGUUUUUCGCUGACCUUGUUCGUAAAAUCGACCUUCCCAUUUCCCUCGAUUUCGUUCGAGCUCAGUCCUACGGUUCUGGAACCUGCUCCAAUGAAGCACCCGUCAUUUCCUCUGAUUUGAAGGUUAACGUCCAAGGGCGCCCUGUACUUCUGGUUGAGGACAUUGUAGAUACGGGGCAUACUAUAUCUAGCAUAAUUGCUCUCUUGAAAGCAAAAGGAGCAUCCUCUGUCUCUGUGUGUACUUUCCUUGAUAAACCAGCAAGGAGAAAGGUUGAAAUUCAGCCAGUUGGCCAGGGGAAACUCUACAGGGGAUUUGAGUGCCCGGACUAUUUUAUCGUUGGCUAUGGGUUGGAUUUUGCCGAACUGUAUAGGAACUUGCCUUAUAUUGGUGUCUUGAAGCCUGAACAUUACAGUUGACACUAUACCUCAUUUGCCACGAGGUUUAUGCAUCAGUCUAGUGAAAUUUCCACUACUUUCCCCCUCUUUGAUUUAAUUGGUGACAGAUUUCCAUUCCUUCUGGGCUUUUUCAGGAAUAUAGUGAAAUGACACAAUUUUUUUUUGGUUAA